AUAAUACAAUAGAAACAUACCCUGACGAGGAUAUCUAUGAACGCAGUGGACGUUUGUCAAGGGAAACAUGCUAAACGAUCUCUGGUGUUGGUGAUAAAAUCGACGGCUAAUAAAAAUGAAAGUUGAAGAAACUAAAAUCUGCCAUAGGUAGAGGAGCAGCAAUGGCUGACUGGGGAGAUGAAGUUGAUGCCCAAGAGAAGGGCCUGGCUGGUCAGGUAGAAAAACUAGCCAUCAACAAGAAUGAAUCUGCCAAUACUCAAGCAUCUAAUAGUACAAGUAAACCUGGAACUACCAACAUAGACCCUAUAUUAAAAGCAGCAGACACGUCAGGGAACUCAGCAGACACUUCCGCACAACCGGCAGACACGCCAGCACAACCAGCUCAAGCUGCAGCAAAAGCAGCCGAGGAAGCUACGGAAGAGAAAGUGACGACCAAGGAGGAUGAAUCCUAUCUGCGGAAGUUGCUGCGGAACCAGUUAGUCAAGACAAAAAAUGACAUUGAGAUCCUGAGGAAAGAUCCAAGCAACCCUCUCUACUCUGUCAAGUCUUUCGAAGCAUUGAAUCUGAAACCUGAAUUACUGAAGGGUGUUUAUGACAUGGGUUUCAAUGCUCCCUCCAAGAUCCAAGAAACAGCUCUUCCAACAUUACUAGCAGAUCCGCCAGUGAACAUGAUUGCUCAGAGUCAGAGUGGUACUGGCAAGACUGCAGCCUUCGUCCUCACCAUGCUGAGCAGAUGUGACACUACCAUCAAUAAUGUACAGUGUUUGUGUCUGGCACCGACAUACGAACUGGCUCUGCAGAUUGGGGAGGUCACAGAGCAGAUGGCCAAACACAUGACAGACUGUAAAAUAGGUUAUGCCGUCAGGGGACAAAGAGUACCAAGGGGGCAGAAGGUUCAGUACCACAUCCUGAUUGGCACACCUGGCACUGUGAUGGACUGGUCAAUCAAGCUAAAGGUGUUGGAUCUGAGGAAGAUCCAGGUGUUUGUGUUGGACGAGGCUGACGUGAUGAUAGCAACACAGGGUCACCAGGACCAGUCUCUCAGAAUACAGAGGAACCUUGGUGUGCAGUGUCAGAUGUUGCUAUUUUCGGCAACAUAUGAUGCAGAUGUUAUGAAAUUUGCACAAGCUGUCAUACCCAAUGAUCCUGUUGUGAUUCGCCUGCGUCGAGAGGAGGAGAGUUUAGACAACAUCAAACAAUAUUACAUUGAGUGCCAAGAUGAAGCAGAUAAGUUCCAGGCAUUGUCCAACAUCUACGGUACAAUAUCCAUUGGACAGUCCAUGAUCUUCUGUCAGACAAGAAGAACAGCAUCAUGGCUAGCAGAAAAGAUGACCAAGGAAGGGCACGCAGUGGGAUUGUUGUCAGGGGAACUGGCCAUUGAACAAAGAGCGGCCAUUAUACACAGAUUUAGAAAUGGCAAAGAAAAGGUGCUGAUAACUACAAAUGUAUCAGCCAGAGGUAUUGAUGUGGAACAGGUGACAGUCGUGGUCAACUUUGACCUGCCUACACUAGACAGGAAACCUGACAAUGAGACAUACCUACACAGGAUAGGACGGACAGGCAGAUUCGGCAAGAAUGGCAUUGCAAUAAACAUGGUGGACAGUAAACGCUCUAUGGAUAUUAUGAGAUCCAUAGAAAACCACUUUGGUCGGAAAAUCACUAAGUUAGAUGCAGAUGAUGCUGAAGAAAUAGAGAAAAUCAGCACAUGAGGAAGAGGUGGAUGAAUGUUACUAAUAUCCCUCCUUGGAUCAUUCAUGUCAUCAACCUUAAUGAGCUGCUGGGCGGCUGUGACACUGAUACUGGAGCUGCUGCAGCGUAUCGGGAACUGUCUCCGGCAACACGCUGCAGCCCUCACGCUGCAACCCUCACAUUGUCCUCCCAUAGUCAAGUGUUGUGCCUAGCACACCACCAGUACAUGGUAAACAGAUUCCAAGAGUACCUUGCUUUUAAUGUCCUAUAUUUUUUAUCUGUAAGGUCAGUGUGAAUGUCAAAAUUAUUUUCAGAUCUUGAGAGCGGUGGGUGGAAACUGAAAACAGACAUUUUGGUUCAAUUGGCUGAUAUUUUUAACUUGUAUGUGAUGGAAGAUUGAUCUUUAACAAUGUUGAAUGUAUGUAUAAUUCUUUUUGUGAAGUCAAUAAAGUUUAUAUCCCAAUAAGUUUA